CAGAUUUCCGGAAACCGUUGAGCAAUUUACUCUAGCGUUAGCUCUAACAGUAUUUACUAGUGUAGCCUGUUUUAUAAUCGUUGCCAUGAAUUAAGAACCAACCGGUCACAACCCGUUCUGUUAAAUUUUUCGUGGCUGGUUGGAGGUUCAGCCAUGUAUGCCUCUGGGAAAUACACCUCGCGGGGCCCUGCUCUCAUCCCACGGAUGAAAACCAAGCACCGCAUAUACUACAUCACCCUCUUCUCUGUGGUGCUGCUCGGACUCAUUGCCACCGGGAUGUUUCAGUUCUGGCCCCACUCCAUUGAGUCAGCAACUGACUGGACCAUGGAUAAACGCAGUGUCCACGACGCUCCUCUGAUCCGCCUGCCUGUCUCCAAUCCCAUUCCUGAGAGGGGGGACCUCAGCUGUCGCAUGCACACCUGUUUUGAUGUGUACAGAUGUGGCUACAAUCCGAAAAACAGAAUCAAGGUGUACAUCUACCCUCUGCAGAAGUUUGUAGAUGAAUUGGGGGUUCCCAUCAGCAGCAAUGGACUGUCUCGAGAGUACAAUGACCUGCUCAGUGCCAUCUCAGACAGUGACUUUUACACUGACGACGUCACCAGGGCUUGUCUUUUCAUCCCAUCUGUUGAUGUGCUGAACCAGAACUCUCUGCGUAUAAGAGAGACUGCCCAGGCUCUGGCAAUGCUACCCAGAUGGGAUAAAGGGAUGAAUCACCUACUUUUCAACAUGUUACCCGGGGGCCCUCCAGACUACAAUACUGCCUUGGAUGUGCCCAGAGACAGAGCGCUGCUGGCUGGAGGAGGCUUCUCUACAUGGACCUACAGACAAGGUUAUGACGUCAGCAUCCCUGUUUACAGCCCCCUCUCCGCAGAUGUUGAGCUGCCUGAGAGACAGCCAGGGCCACGGCGCUACUUUAUUCUCUCCCCUCAAACCGCCAUCCACCGAGAGUACCGCGCUGAACUAGAGCGCUUGAAGGAAGAAAAUGGAGAAGCGCUGCUCCUCCUGGACAAGUGUAGCAACCUCUCCCAGGGGGCCGCCUCUGCACGAAAACGAUGUUACAAGGGGCAGGUGUACGACUACCCACAGAUCCUUCAGGAGUCCUCAUUCUGUGUGGUUUUGCGGGGGGCCCGUUUGGGUCAGGCUGCCCUCAGUGAUGUGUUGCAGGCUGGCUGUGUUCCUGUCAUUCUCGCUGACUCCUACAUUCUGCCAUUUUCUGAAGUUCUUGACUGGAAAAGGGCGUCUGUGGUUAUUCCAGAGGAGAAGCUAUCAGAGAUGUACACCAUCCUAAAGAGCAUUCCUCACAGACAAGUGGAAGAGAUGCAAAGACAGGCACACUGGUUCUGGCAGGCCUACUUCAGCUCCAUGAAGUCGAUCGGACUGACAACGCUCCAGAUUAUCAACGACCGCAUCUACCCGUAUGCUGCCCGGACCUACGAGGAGUGGAACAAUCCACCUGUGGUGAAGUGGUCCAGCGUGAACAGCCCUCUGUUCUUGCCACUUAUCCCCCCGAGGGCCCCUGGCUUCACAGCGGUGGUGCUGACCUACGAUCGUGUGGAGAGUCUAUUCCGUGUCAUCACAGAAAUCUCCAAGGUGCCCAGCUUGGCUAAACUGCUGGUUGUGUGGAAUAACCAGAACAAGAGUCCUCCUGAGGAGUCUCUUUGGCCAAAAAUCGGCGUUCCUCUCAAAGUUGUGCGAACCAAAGAAAACAAGCUGAGUAAUCGCUUCUUCCCCUACGACGAGAUCGAGACAGAAGCCGUGCUGGCGAUUGAUGAUGACAUCAUCAUGCUGACAUCUGAUGAACUGCAGUUUGGCUAUGAGGUGUGGAGGGAGUUCCCAGACAGGCUGGUGGGUUACCCAGGCCGGCUGCACCUAUGGGACCAUGAAAUGGGGAAGUGGAAGUACGAGUCGGAGUGGACCAACGAGGUCUCCAUGGUGCUAACUGGAGCUGCCUUCUACCACAAGUAUUUCAACUAUUUGUACACAUACAAGAUGCCGGGAGACAUCAAGAACUGGGUGGACGCUCACAUGAACUGUGAGGAUAUUGCCAUGAACUUCCUGGUGGCUAACAUCACGGGCAAAGCCCCCAUCAAGGUGACCCCCAGGAAGAAGUUCAAGUGCCCUGAGUGUACUGCCAUUGAUGGACUGUCCCUGGAUCAGACGCACAUGGUGGAGAGAUCUGAGUGCAUCAACAAGUUUGCAUCAGUCUUUGGCACCAUGCCUCUGAAGGUGGUGGAACACCGAGCGGACCCGGUGCUCUACAAAGACGACUUCCCCGAGAAGCUCAAGAGCUUCCCCAACAUCGGCAGCCUCUGACCGGCACGUCAACACUUCAACAUGUGUCACCAACUUUUAUAUCCAAACAUCAAUAUUCAGAUCAAAGUGUCACCCCUCAGUCAAAGACGCUUUUACUUUGAUUUUUGAAUAUAUUUUUAAAGACAGAACUGAACAGAACAUUAAGUUAGGACACUGUAAUACGGGGAUGUGGAUGACAAUGAUUUGUUUAUUUGGUUUCAAAGUAUUUUUUAAACGUUUAGUAAUACAAGUGCAUAGACUAAUGUUACAUGGAGGGUCACCUUGAGUCUGAUGUUUGAUGGACAGUCCGACUGUAGGCUUUCGGCCCCUCACUGUUACUGUUUUGGACUUUUGGCUCCAGCUGCUCUGGAAUCAGUGUACAGUGUAUAUAUGUUUAUUUUGCACCAGAGCUGUAUCAUAGUUAUAAUUAAUGAUGCUCCAACUUGGACAUUUUCUUCUUCUUUUCAAAAGAUAACAUGGACCUUAUUAUUUGUAGCUGUCCUGUAUUAAAAGGAAACCAUUUUAAAUGAACAUGGUAUAUAGUAAAUGAUUCAACGACAUAUCAAUGUAGGGUUUCUUUAACAGUUAAUUGAAUAACAUACCAUAUACAACUAUAGACAAAGCUGGUACAAUAAAUCUAAUAUUUAGAGUGAGUAACUGCUGAUUUAAAAACACUGAUGCAGAGCUACUGGAACAUCUUGAAUUGUAUUGUUUUAUUGCCUGUGCAACCCUUUCGUUUUAUUUAUAUAUAUAUAUAUAUAUAUAUAUAUAUGCAAAAACGCAGUGGUGCUAAUUGAAGGUAAUUUCAUGGGCUUCAUGAGUUAUGCAUAUGAACGCUGCAUAAGUAUAGGAGUACUUAUUGUUUGCAUUUGAAGACACAUAGUGUAUUGUGAAUAGUUGAACAUUUCCAAAUCCACACUUUUCAAAAUGUAUUACCGGCAAUGCUUUGUUUGUAUUUUUUCAUUAUAUUCUGUGUGUUUUUAUAUUUGUUUCCUUUUCAUCAGUAGUAGUAUUUAGGCUUUAACCUUGAAAACAUUGCCUUGUGAUUGUUUUAUUUGCCUUUUUUAUUAAUAUCAUUUUCACAAUGUCAGUGAAAUUGUUCAAAAUGGUUCAUCUAUGACUUUGUAAUACAUGAUUAGUAAAGACUACACUACUACGUC